AUGUUAAAGCAACUUUGGCCAAUUGGGCAAACUUCUAAACUUGAUUAUUCCAACUAUAUUCAAGAAAAUCCGCCAUUAACUAAUGCUGAACAUCGACAAAUAGCUUUACAGUACAAAAUUAGUAACUCAACAACCCAAAAAAAAUUAUUUCAGCAACAUGGAAUCCGAUGGACCUGUCUUUUAGAAUUACCAUAUAUCGAUAUUUCUAGAUUUACUAUGAUUGACCCUAUGCACAAUAUAUUCUUAGGUACAAGUAAGCAUAUAGUGCAAUAUGCAUGGAUGAAUAACAAUUUACCAAAACUUGGUUCUAGUUUAUUCAACAUAUUUUUAUACCAAUUUCUUGAUGAGGCUGAUCGGCGAUGUUGGCAAGUAUUUGUUACUUCAGUAUUGAUAUGGAGCCAGAGAAUUAUAACAGAAGCUGAAAUUGAAGCUGGUCACACAGCUAUGAUAGCAUUCUUACAAUAUGCUGAACAAAUUUAUGGGAAAAUUUCUAAUUUUUUAUCAUCUUUAGAUUUGAUUGCCCAAAUUAAUGUUGAAAAAACUAGAACUUUGGGUCACUAUAAUUUUACAGUUCAAGAGGCAUUGAAUUUUAAUGCGAUAUUUGCUCUCAAACUUGGUAAAGAAAACUAUGGAUCUUUUUUUUUGCACUCUGAUUUGAAUUUGCAUGUACUUGCACAUUGGCAGCUAGAAAAUGAGAGAGUUAAUUGGCCAGGAAUAAUUAAAAUUUUUAUUGAACACCAAGUAACUUUGCCAAAUUCAAAAACUCCAACUAGCCAUUAUCUUGCUAUUGUUGAUUGGUAUAGAAGAGAUUCACAAAAACAAAGCUAUUUUUAUGUAAAAUCACAUGAUAAAUUAUUCAAAAAUAUAUUAUCUACAAAUGCUGAUGGAACUUACCAUGCAGAAUUGUGA